AUGGAUAAGGAGAAUAGGACAUCUGUGACCAAGUUCAUCCUGCUGGGCUUCCCAAAUCUGCAGAAGUGGCACAAGGUCCUAUUUGUUUUCAUCCUCUUCAUAUACAUCCUCACACUGGCAGGGAAUGGCCUUAUCAUUGCUAUUGUGAGAACUGACCAGCAGCUGCAAACACCCAUGUACUUUUUCCUGAGCAAUCUCUCCUUUCUGGAGAUCUGGUACACCACCACCAUUGUCCCAAAGAUGCUGGAGACCUUCCUGGUGGCCAGAACCACCAUCUGCCUCAACUGCUGCCUGGUCCAGUCCUUCUUCCAUUUCUUCCUGGGCAUCACUGAGUUUCUGAUCCUGACUGUCAUGUCCUUUGACCGCUACGUUGCAAUCUGCAAGCCGCUGCACUACACUUCCAUUAUGACCCAUCAGAAUUGCUCCCUGCUGGUCAUGGGAGCUUGGACACUGGGUUUUGUGGUAAUCUUUUCCCAGGCAGUACUGCUCCUACAGGUCCCAUUCUGUGCCAGAAAUGUCAUCAACCACUUCUACUGUGACAUUGGACCGAUCCUGAAGUUGGCCUGUGCAGACACACAGACCAUUGAAUUGCUGGGUUUCCUAGGCUCCAUCACCAUCAUCCCCAGUACCCUGCUCUUCACAGCGGUAUCCUAUUUCUAUAUCAUCACUACCAUUGUCCGCAUCCCCUCUGCUGGUGGGCGCCGGAAGGCCUUCUCCACCUGCGCCUCCCACUUCACCGUGGUCUCCAUCCUCUACGGAGCUGUUGUCUUCAUGUACCUGAAGCCCUCAACUCACUCCUCCUUUAGUCUCAACAAGGUGGUGUCAGUCCUGAACACACUCCUGACCCCCUUACUGAACCCAUUCAUAUACACCAUAAGGAACAAGGAGGUGAAGGCUGCCUUGAGGAAAGCUGUGAGCAAGUAA